AUGGCUCGAACGAAGCAAACAGCAAGGCGCAGCACGCCACCUUUGAUAACAUGGACGCGGUUUCAUCUCCCACUAGAGCAGGAGUUGCCAACAUGGCCUGUGGACCACGUUAAUGUCUACCACGGCCCACUUGAGGGUGUCCCUGGUAAAGGCAAGGUGUCACUAGGGAGAAUGGUUGAAAACCCCGAGCAGGCUACCUAUAUUAUUGAAUGGGCUACACUAGAUGACUUGAAGAACUUCCAGUCCUCCCCCGCCUGCGCGGAGUUUCUGCGGAACCUCCCGGAACACAGGAACUCACAGGUCUCUGUCGAGUCCAGCGCAGCUCUGAGACACCUAACCGUGGAGGAUAGCUCCUUGUUGUCCCCGCCGGCGUCGUCACGCUUUCUUGCUUUUCAACGCGCCACUCAGACUCCAACAGAGGAGGUGAAGGGCCGUGUGACUGUUACCAUCUUCGUGGUACCGCACCAAGUUGACGAUGCGUAUCAUAAAUUUCGCAAUGUAUUUAACUGCUUUUGCCCCCGCGGCUCUAGGUUUAUUGCAAGCCCUCGGUAUUCCUGGACUAGGACCGCAAACGUUUGGUUCCGGGUACUUGCAGAAGACCGCUGGGUAGAAGAGAAAUUUGGGAGGCUAGAGCCAACACAGGAAGAUAGCCUGGGUCGGACAAUCUUCUGCCACUUUUUGAUCUGGCCACUUAGGCUGGGUGCCACUCGAGAGGAUGAAGAGGCAUCGGUAGCAAACCCGGAGGCAAUAGAGUCAUGGAAUCAACAUAUAGCACAGGUGAUGCCUCCAGCAACAACCUGGGAACAGGAGCGUUGGGAUAUUCGGGAUGUGCCAUUUUUUGACCCCUUUGAGGAUGAGUACGAUCCUGAGUUGACUCCAGAGCAGCUUGAGGAGGAAAAAGAGCAAAGAAGACUCCAGAAGGAAUAUAGUCAACUCCAUCCCCCUGAAUUUGAUGAAUGGCUCAACCCUGUGGGGCGGCGGUAA